GAAAAAACGAUCAAUUCAAAAGGACCAAUGCAAGAAAAACUCAAAGAAAUCCACCGUAUAAUAUAAACGUGCAAAGGAACAAAAUCUAUCAAAACAAUUUUGCUACAAACAAUCAACGCAAAACGGUAUCGUACUAAUGAACGCAAGAAUCUCCAAUGAUAGAAGGACCUUUGGCCAUUUGCAGCCGGUCCAGCAGUAAAUAGAAGUUAGUUAAUUCAGCAUUGCGAUUGGGGAAAAAAUCUUGAAAGGCUUAGAUAGUUUAACCUAAACGGGCCGUAGCCUGAAGUGAAGUGAACUAGAAUAAGAGAAUUUGUAUUGCAGUGGUUUUUCCGUCGAUUUUAACAACAGUUUGAAGCUCAUUUGUCCAGAACAACGCUUUCAAUGUCUAAUGCUAAAACUCCGGAAGAAGAUGAUGACGAUUGGUUUAAUAAGGACGAAGAUGAAUUCGUUGUAAACAUACCAAACAAAGUUGGAAAUGCAGAAGGUGACAAGGAGGCAGCUGAAGGAUCGGGAAAGUCCGUGAGAGAAAUGUUGGAUAAUUUAAAGUUCACACUAAACGACGAGGGUGGUAAUUAUGUGGACUCGAUUAAAAACGCUGCGCAAGGGCGAACGGCCAAGUUCGAGCUGCCGAAAGGUGCACCCGGGAAGUACGUACAAACCAUUCCUCUCACGAAGCUUGUAAACAUCCUGGAGAACGAUACACUUUCUAUGUUUGCCGAUAUUUACGUGCAAAAGGAAGAGUUUCUUGCCACGCUGACGAAAAAAACGUACGGCGAGGAGUUAAUUUUGGUUCUGAUGAAAAUUAUGAACAAACUCAGUACGAUUCCACUGUACGAAACGGUCAAGCAACUGUUCGGGACGCUGGUAAACCAGCAACACUUUUGGGAGCAGUUGUUAAAAUUUUUCCAGCAACCAGCCGAAGGAGAAAAAAAGAAAAAGAAAAAAAGCAAAAUUGUUCGUCCAACCAUUUCGCGGAUUGAUAUGAUGGAUGUGUUGUUGAAGUUUCUAGCCGAAACGAAACAGCACAUCCCGCUUCCCCAGCGAGUGCUGGAAUAUUGCCAAAAGCUUAGCCGAAUCUCACCUCCGAACGAUAAAAAGCAACAGGAACAAUUGCAUGAUUUGGCGCAAAACCCAGCUGCAGAAGAACCGACGAAACAACUCAGUAUUUGUCCUACCAUUAACGAGCUGAACGAGGGCUCAGGUCCUUCGAUGAAUCUGAAGCAAAACAUCGUGAAAGGAAAAUAUCAAAGUGUUGAACAUUAUCUGGAUGUUCAUUUGAAUCUGCUGAAGGAAGACUUCUUAAUCCCCUUACGCACCGGCAUACAGAAGUAUCGGAAAUUUGUCGAAAAGAAUGGCCCCGGUAAAUCGUACGUCGGUGAGAGUAUUCGUGUGCAUUGGCCAGUUAAGCUGCUCCUUCCUAGCACAAUUAAUCGGCGGACAGCAAAGGAGCAGCUCGUGCUCGUUGAUUUAGAUCCAACCGAGCGGGGUUAUUCUAACCUUUCUGCGCGGUACAAACGAUUGGCACUGUCCAACACGAAACGGUUUAUGAACGGAUCUAUGGUGCUGUUCAGCUACGGUCCGGAGCUAAGCGAACUUGUCGUUGCGGUCAUUAGCAAUCGUGAUGCGGCACAGCUACUGAAUGGCUACAUUUACGUGGAACUGAUUCGGCUGGAGCACCAAACGGAAAACGAUCCACACUCGUCUGGCCAUGGUAUGCAUUUGUUCAACCGACCGCUACUUAUGAUUGAAAGUGAAAUAUUUUUCGAACCGUACCACCAAACGUUCAAUGCGUUGAGCCGUUUACGGGAUGACAAUUUUCCGUUAAAAUCGUACAUUGUCGAUGUAACUUUCCCGAGCAAAGGUUUGCCCGGAUACUUGGGCCAAGGAAAUGCGCACCUUUUCAACUACGGUGGAAUACAGUUUGAUCUAAAGAAACCCGCUGAUUGGCCGGCGGAAGCAUUGGCUACCGCAGCCGGAAUGAACAUGUCACAGUUUGAAGCUUUUCGGAUGGCACUGACAAACCGAUUUACGCUGAUACAGGGUCCACCAGGAACGGGGAAAACAUACAUCGGUCUGCGCAUCGUUGAAACGCUGCUGGCAAACACAAGCGAACAAAUUCUGCUUAUCUGUUUGACCAAUCAUGCGCUGGAUCAGUUUUUGUGCGGCGUGACUCGCUACACGGACAGUAUCGUGCGUAUGGGUGGCCAAUCGAAGCACCCGCUGCUGGACGCAUACAAUGUAAAGCAACUGCAGGAAGACGAACGGAUUGACAGACGGUUACGGAUCAGUUAUUACAAUGUGAAGCAAGAGUACCUGAAGCUGGUUGAACGGUUUGAUGCGUUGCAGCAGGAGCAGCAGGAGACAACCGAUGCAUUGUCACGGCCGAUGGUCCAGUGUAUGGAAGAAUUACUGGAAGCAUCGCGACGGCUCCACGAACUAAGCCAGCUAAGCACACUGAAACUGAUACAAGGGUUCCGUGUCGUUGCCAUGACGACAACGUUUGCCGCACGGAAUCGCACCUUGCUGGAGCUUCUCCGCACACCAAUCGUGAUAAUCGAGGAGGCGGCGGAAGUGCUAGAAGCACACAUUGUGUCCUCACUGACAAGGCAUACCACACAGUGUAUCUUAAUCGGUGACCACAAACAGUUACGCCCCACUACAAGUACCUACGUACUGUCGCGCCACUAUCGGAUGGAUUUAUCCUUAUUUGAGCGCAUGAUCAACAAUCGUUUCAGUGUUGCUAUGAUGACUGUACAACAUCGAAUGCGACCUGAAAUGGCAGACCUUUUACGACCGAUUAUCUACCCUGUACUGGAGGAUGCCGAUUCGGUUGUGGAACGACCGAAUGUGCCCGGUAUGAUGCGCAAUCUGUUCUUCUUGUCGCAUAAUUAUCCUGAAGGAGGAGAAUCUGCUAUUGAGUCGGCGGGCAGUGACGAUGGAGGCGAUGAAAAAUCGAAGAAAAACCUAUUUGAAUGUCGGUUCUUGCUCGGUCUUUGCGAGUAUUUACUAGUGCAAGGAAGCUACACCGCGGAGGACAUUGUUAUACUAACGGCUUAUAAUGGUCAAAUGUUGCAGUUCGUUGCGGAGAAGAAAAAUCGUCCCACCUUGCAUGGAGUUCGAAUUGCGGUAAUAGACAAUUACCAGGGUGAGGAGAGUAAGAUCGUUUUGCUUUCCCUGGUGCGCAGUGGCAAUGCAAACAGUGGGACCGAUACGAUCGGUUUCCUUGCGCACGAAAAUCGUAUCUGUGUUGCUCUGUCCCGCGCACAGGACGGGCUAUACAUCGUUGGCAAUAUGGAGCUACUAGCUAAGUGUUCGAAAACAUGGUCCAGUAUUGAGAGAAAGCUGCGUGAACAGGCCGCCAUUGGCGAUUCGAUGCCACUGCAAUGCUUGAUCCACGGUCAGGCAAUAGAGGUCAAAAUGCCAGAAGACUUUGAAGAACUUCGAAGAGAAGAUGGAAAAUGUAUUUGUGGAAUUCUGCGAAGAUAAAUAUGUACGAAAGAGUGAUCGCUAUCUCUAUUUGUGCCCUCUACGAAGGCCAAAGUAAGCAUCUAGGAAGGAAUGUGUAACAUGUAUUAUCUCGACAAGGAAAAGAAAUAAUCUCUAAUCAUAGGUUUUACAAAUCCUGACGCGGUCAAGGAUGUAUUUUUUAAACAUUUUAUUUGUUGUAAAACAAUCUCUUAACGAAUGAAUAAAAUUCUACUUAUGCAUAGUACACCGAA